CGCGGUGCGAGUAGCGGGGAGGCGCGCGCUCGCAGACAGUCACAGCGGUCUCUUUGCCUUGUCAGGCGCGAGCUGAGCCAAGACGGUGAGCAAGUGGCUCGGGCACGAGGCGUCGGCUUUGUUAGCUCGAGCCUCGUGGCUGCCGGGCGGCGACCCGCUCCGCUUCUUCGAGCUACUCUUCCCGAGGAACUUUGGCGGACGCUCGCCUCUGCUUUACCCCGCCCCUCUCGCUUUUUGCCUCCUCGAUUCGCCUCGCGAAAGAGGAAAUGGCUGCUAGUUCCCGAGUGCCCGUCCCGAGGGCAACUGAAAUGGGGUGAAGGUUGAGAGGUGUGAAGGGCUUUAUCGGGGCCGCCCGCUUCCGUUCCCACGAACGCUGCUUACGCCUCCAGGUAACCUUGCAGCAAGCCUGAGGGCGGGGAGACGGUAGACGAGACGAUGAGAGAGAGAGAGAGAAAAUAAAAGCGUGUUGAAGCUCAUAGAAUUACUCAGCUAAAAGGAACAAUAAACAUGGACGAGAGAGCUAGAAGUUAUUUGAUUCAGAACCGCCAAGCUUUGGAAAGUGAUAUCAAGACAUCUUAUAUAAUGGAUCAUAUGGUUGCUGAUGAUAUCUUGACAGAGAUGGAAGAAGAGAAAGUAAAAGCUCAGACUACACGAAAAGAACAGGCAGCCAUGCUUCUAAAAUUAAUUAUUGCCAAAGAUAAUUUUGCAUAUAUAUCUUUCUAUAAUGCUUUACGACAGGAAGGAUACAAAGAUCUUGCUGCUCUCCUUCAAGAUGGCCUCUCUAUUAUUUCAUCUUCAAAUAAAAAAAAUUCUGAGACUGGUAUAACUUCAUAUGUUAAGACUACCCUUUGUGAAGGUGGAGUUCCACAGAGGCCAGUAGUAUUUGUUACUCGUCCAGAAUUACUAAAAAAAAUACAGCAUAACCUAUACGGGUUAGGAAAUGAUCCGGGAUGGGUGAUUAUUUACGGCAUGGCAGGUUGUGGAAAGUCUGUUUUGGCAGCAGAAACUCUACGUAACCAUGAUCUUUUAAAAGAUUGUUUCCCAGGAGGAGUGCAUUGGGUUUCUGUUGGAAAACAGGAUAAAGCAGGUCUGCUAAUGAAACUCCAAAAUCUUUGCCGGAGAUUAGAUCAGGACUUCACUUAUUCACAAAGGCCACCAUUUAAUAUUGAGGAAGCAAAAGAUCGCCUUCGUUUGUUGCUGUUGCGCACAAGCCCAAGAUCUCUCUUGAUACUUGAUGAUAUUUGGGAUUCCUGGGUUUUAAAAGCUUUUGAUAAUCAGUGUCAGAUUCUUAUCACCAGUAGAGACAGGAGUGUAGCAGAUUCUGUAACUGGCAAUAAAUAUGAAGUUUCUGUAGAAAGUGGAUUAACACAUGAAAAAGCACUUGAAAUUUUAUCCCUGUUCGUUAAUAUGAAAGUAACAGAGCUGCCAGAAAAAGCUGAUCAUAUUGUUAGAGAAUGCAAAGGUUCUCCUCUCGUGGUAUCAUUAAUAGGAGCAUUAUUGCGAGACUUUCCCAAUCGCUGGGAAUACUACCUUAGACAACUUCAAAAUAAACAGUUUAAAAGAAUACGGAAAUCGUCAUCUUAUGAUUAUGAAGCACUUGAUGAAGCAAUGUCUAUAAGUGUUGAUAUGUUGCCAGAAAAUUUUAAAGUUUAUUACAGAGAUCUUUCUGUCCUUCAAAAAGAUGUUAAAGUGCCUUCAAAGGUAUUCUGUAUUCUUUGGGAUAUGGAGACUGAAGAAGUUGAAGACAUAUUGCAAGAAUUUGUCAACAAAUCUCUCCUAUUUUGUGAUCAAAAUGGAAAAUCAUUCUGUUAUUAUUUGCAUGCUCUCCAACUUGAUUUUCUUAUGGAGAAGAAUCGCAGUGAGCUUCAAGAGCUACAUAAAAAAGUAGUUCAUCAGUUCAAGAAAUAUUAUAAGUAUAAUAUACCUAUUUCAUCAGAGGAUGACUGCAUGUAUUGGUAUAAUUUUCUGGCUUAUCAUAUGGCAGGUGCCAAUAUGCAUGAUGAGCUAUGUGCUCUCAUGUUCUCAUUAGAUUGGAUUAAAAUAAAAACAGAAUUAGUAGGGCCUGCUCAUUUGAUUCAUGAAUAUGUUGAAUACAGUAAAAUACUGGAUCAGAAGGAUCCUAAUGCACGUGAAAACUUCCAGGAAUUUCUGUCCUUGAAUGGGCAUCUCCUUGGACAUCUUCCAUUUCUAGACAUUGUACAGCUGGGACUGUGUCAGCCAGAAAAUUCAGAAGUGUAUCGACAAGCAAAACUGCAAGCUCAGCAAGAACUUAGUAAAGGAUCGCUUUAUGUGGAAUGGAUCAAUAAAACAUCAGUGAAGAAUAUGUACCGUUUGGUUAUGCAUCCACAUACAGAUGCCGUUUACCAUGCUUGUUUUUCCCAGGACCAUCAAAGAAUAGCUACAUGUGGAGCUGAUAAAACUUUGCAGGUUUUCAAAACUGAAAGUGGAGAAAAGCUCCUAGAAGUAAAAGCUCAUGAUGAUGAAGUGCUCUGCUGUGCUUUUUCGAUGGAUGACAGAUUUCUAGCCACUUGUUCGAUGGAUAAAAAAGUAAAAGUCUGGAACUCAAGAACAGGUGAACUUGUGUGUGAAUUCAAAGAACAUACAGAGCAGGUCAACUUCUGCCAAUUUAGUCAUCAUUUUUUGGCAACGUGUUCAAAUGAUACUUAUAUCAAACUCUGGGAUCUAAAUACUAAGUAUUGUCGCAAUACAUUGUUUGGUCAUGAAGGAUCUGUAACCCAUUGCAGAUUUUCACCAGAUGAUAAAUAUUUGGCUAGUUGUUCAGCUGAUGGAACUUUAAAGCUUUGGAAUGUGCAGUCAGCAAAUGAACUGAAAACUAUUAAUAUAGGCAACUUCUUCAGAAAUGGAGAUGGAUACCAUGAUGAUGUGGAAGUGUUAGUGAAAUGUUGUUCCUGGUCAUCUAAUGGUACAGCAAUAGUAGUAGCAGCUAAAAAUAAACUUUUUCUUGUUGAUGUUAAAACCAAGGAAUUAUUGGCAGAGGCUCUUUUGAGCCACCACAACACAAUCCAGUACUGUGACUUCUGUCCCAAUAGUCAAAUAGUAGCAGUUGCUUUAUCACAUUGUUCUGUUGAAAUAUGGAAUAUUGAAUCCAUUUCAAAAAUAGCUGAGUGCCUAGGACAUAUGAGUUGGGUACAUUCUGUGAAUUUUUCUCUUGAUGGGUCUUUUUUUGUCACCUCUUCUGAUGACCAAACAAUAAGGAUAUGGGAAACAAAUAAAGUAUGCAAAUCCUCUGCUAUUGUGUUAAAUUGUGAAAUAGAUGUUUCCUUUCUGGAUAACGAAGUCAACAUCUUGGCAAUAGAUAGUCUGAAGCAUUUGCAGCUAAUUAACGGAUCUACAGGCCUUGCUAUCUCUUUGACUGAAGAACAGAAGUCUUCUAUUUGCUGCUGUUGUUUGAGUGAAGAUCUACAAUUUGCUGCAUAUGGAGAUGAAAAUGGAAUUGUAAAGGUUUUAAAUGUAUCAGAUAGGAAUCUUUUAAAAUCCAGAAUUGGACACAGGAAAGCUGUACAGCAUUGUCAAUUUACUUCUGAUGGAAAAACUCUUAUUUCAAGCUCCGAUGAUUCAACUAUACAGGUAUGGAAUUGGCAGUCGGAGAAAUACAUUAUUCUGAAAGGACAUAAAGAACCUGUCAAGAAUUUUCAUCUUCUGAAGCAAUCAAGCCUUCUUUCAUGGUCAUUUGAUGGAACAGUUAAAGUCUGGAAUAUACUUACUGGAAAGCUAGAAAAAGAUCUUACUUGCCAUGAAGAUACUGUUCUUUCUUGUGCUGUUUCAUCUGAUGCCACUAUAUUUUCUACUACCUCUGCUGAUAAAACUGCCAAGAUAUGGAGCUUCAGAAGUUCAUCAGCUCUUCAUACUUUGAGUGGCCACAAAGAUUGUGUGAGAUGCUGUACAUUCUCUCUUAAUAAUGAAUUAUUGGCUACAGGAGAUGAUCAUGGAGAAAUAAGGAUUUGGAGUAUCUCAACAGGUAAACCUCUUCACUUGUAUUUUUCUGCCACAACAAAUGAAGGAAGAGGAGCACAUGGAGGCUGGGUGACAGGCCUUCAUUUUUCUCCUGAUAGUAAAGUGCUUGUUUCUUCUGGAGGACAUGUCAAGUGGUGGAAUGUGGAUACUAGACAAUCCUUACAAACAUUCUACACAAAUGGAACAAAUCUCAAAUCAUUGCAUGUAUCCCCUGAUUUCAAAGUAUGUGUGACACUGGAUAAUCUAGGCAUUCUUUAUGUGCUACGGAUUAUGGAAUAAAUUUAAGUUGUAAUCACUUUUAUAUUUAUAGUGUUUUGAGCCAAAAAUGAAACCUUUCCUUAUUUUUUUCUAACUUUCAUGAAACUGUGAUUUUGUUUUUACUAUACAUUAUACAUUUGUAAUUUCCUCCAAAUCAGCACAUUUUUAAAAUAAUUAAAUACUUUAAUAAGUUUUGUUCUUGGAAGUUGCACUGAAAAUAAUUACACUAUACUUUGAUCAGCGAAAAGAGCAAUAUGUGAUAAUGUAGUCAUGGAUCUAAUAGCAAAUGUUUCUAAAUCAUAAGCACAUUUGCCACUUCAAGGUUUUGUUUUAGGCUUUUUUUUCUACGUGUAAUUUUGUCUUGAAGCCUUUGGAUUGAUAGGUGUUGUCUUGAUACACAAUGUAAAUAUCCGUGGCAUAAAAUGCCUACCGGUACUUUCUGUUUCAGAGAUAAUAAUAUAAGAGCACAUGUUUCUAUCUUGCCAUUUGCUUAAAAACACAAUACAAUUUUCUAAAGCUAAAUUUUCUCCAAAAGUUUGAAUGUUGGCUUAUGUAUUUCAUUUUGAAUCAGACUGAAAUGUCACUGACAGCUAAUUGUAUUAAACCUACAAAUAAAAAAAUGUAUUGGGAAGAAUAUUUCACUUUUAAAGAUAAUGUAUGAUUAAGAUCAUUUGCAUUUUUCUUAUCUGUUUCCUUUAAAAAAAUAAAGUAUAUUUGAUUUUUUUCUA